AUUUGCGAGCGUAUAACACGGUGACUAGACAGACAAUCGAGACUGAACCAAUCCCUUCACUUCUUAAAAUGGCGACAGCCCCUACUACCGGAACCACCUUUUGCGGCUCCGCGAUUCGCAAACCCUACGUUUGCUCCAAGUUUCGCUUCCAGUUCCACCCAUUUUCCUCCCACUCUUCCAAACCUACUGUUAUCUCUUGCACCAUAGCCGACCGGGCCCUACGGAUGGAUAAUGGCUCCUCCAAUUCUACUCUCCUUCAGAGACCCGAUUCCUUCGGUCGCUUCGGCAAGUUUGGCGGCAAGUACGUCCCCGAAACCCUCAUGCACGCUCUCUCCGAGCUCGAGUCCGCUUUCCACUCUCUUGCUUCCGACCACGACUUUCAGAAAGAACUGAAUGCGAUCUUGAAAGAUUAUGUUGGAAGGGAGAGUCCUCUUUACUUUGCAGAGCGGCUAACUGAACAUUAUAAGCGUCCUAAUGGUGAAGGCCCACACAUUUACCUUAAGAGAGAGGAUCUGAACCACACUGGGGCUCACAAAAUCAACAAUGCUGUUGGCCAAGCUUUGCUUGCCAAGCGAUUGGGGAAAAAUAGAAUAAUUGCUGAAACUGGAGCUGGUCAGCACGGAGUUGCAACAGCAACUGUUUGUGCUCGGUUUGGUUUGCAGUGUGUCAUUUAUAUGGGUGCACAAGAUAUGGAGAGGCAAGCUCUUAAUGUCUUCAGAAUGCGGCUUCUUGGGGCUGAGGUUAGGGCAGUCCAUGCGGGGACUGCAACCUUGAAAGAUGCUACAUCAGAAGCUAUUAGGGACUGGGUAACUAAUGUUGAGACAACCCAUUAUAUUUUGGGCUCUGUUGCUGGGCCACAUCCAUACCCAAUGAUGGUUCGAGAGUUCCAUGCGGUAAUCGGUAAAGAAACCAGAAAACAAGCACUAGAGACAUGGGGAGGGAAACCAGAUGUUCUAGUAGCAUGUGUUGGUGGAGGUUCGAAUGCCAUAGGACUCUUCCAUGAGUUUAUUGAUGACAGAGAUGUUAGGAUGAUUGGUGUGGAAGCUGCAGGCUUUGGAUUGGACAGUGGUAAGCAUGCCGCUACCUUGACAAAAGGGGAAGUCGGGGUUUUGCAUGGAGCCAUGAGCUAUUUAUUACAGGAUGAAGAUGGGCAAAUUAUUGAACCUCAUUCCAUAAGUGCAGGCUUGGAUUAUCCUGGGGUUGGACCAGAGCACAGCUAUUUGAAAGAUACAGGACGUGCUGAAUAUUAUAACAUCACUGAUGAGGAGGCAUUGGAAGCUUUCAAGAGAUUAUCGCGACUGGAGGGGAUAAUCCCUGCUCUGGAGACAUCUCAUGCUGUGGCUUACUUGGAGCAGCUUUGCCCUACUCUCCCAAAUGGAACUAAGGUCGUGUUGAAUUGCAGUGGCAGAGGGGAUAAGGACGUUCAUACAGCUAUCAAGCAUUUGCAGAUUUAAUGGGAGUGUUCACCUAUACCUGUGCUUACUUAAGGCUGUGGUUAAUUGCAGUGUCUGAGGGUACAACUACGUUCAUGCAGCUGUCAAAGAAUAUCAAGAUAUUUGUUUGCAGCUACGAAUAAACUAAAUAAAACCUUCGUUAUUUGUAUUUUCCCCCUUUUUAUUAUUAGUUGAGCUAUUUGAAAAGCCUUAUUUGUCAAAUGUGACGUGACCCUGUUCACAAAAUGACUCUCCAGUUUUGAAUAAGACUUGUAUUAUAUAUUACAUUCUA